GGGGCGGGGCGUAGGACGGCCGGCAUGUGGAGGGCGCUGCUGGGGGGCUGCCGCCUUCUGCGGUCUCGCUCCGCCGCGCCCGUCGUCGGGGCGCCCCGCGCGGGUGGGAGCGCGGCUGUGAGGAACGCGGGGGGCGGCGGAGCGGCAGCCGCGGCGCCGGAAUGGCGGCAGGCGACAGACGCUUCUCUUCCAAAGUUCAACAUUGACUUUGUUGUAAAUCUGCUGCGGCAAGAGAACGCAAAGGACAUCUGUGUCAUCCAAGUACCUCCAGAAAUAAAGUACUGUCAUUAUUUUAUAGUAGUCAGCGGAUCUUCAACACGGCAUCUCCAUGCAAUGGCACAGUAUAUGCUGAAAAUGUACAAGCAUCAGAAAGAAGAAAGUGAUCCUCACACUCGGAUCGAAGGGAAAGAGACACAUGACUGGCUGUGCAUUGAUUUUGGAAGCAUAGUGGUACACUUCAUGCUGCCAGAGACACGAGAGACUUAUGAACUGGAGAAGCUGUGGACUCUAGGUUCCUAUGAUGACCAGCUGGCACAGAUGACUCCACAGUUACUGCCAGAAGACUUUAUACUGGGACUGACUUCCGAAGAGCAGUGAUCAACUUGUGACAAGAACUUAAUGUAGCUGCUGAGGUGCCUGACUAGAAAGAGACACGAGUGUGCCUCAGCAGACACAGGAGGCACAGCAACUUAGCCAUCACCACAGGUGAUCAGCAUAAACCAAUAUAUCGAACAAGCUACCAGAAUGUCAUAAAAGGACAGUAUCGUAGGGGACCUUCCUGGAAGAAGGCAGCUCAAUGGAGUUUGCAGUGAGAACAGUAGGAAAAGACAUCCCUUUAAGCUACUUACCCCCAAACUCAGGCACAGCCUCUGCAGUGGCUGUUUUUCUAGUGUCUUUGAAAGGCCUGCCUGUGGUAGCAGUGCACGCUGAAGUACCCUUCCUGCAAAAUGGCUUGAGUGCUGUAAGGUAAAUCUACAUUAAGUAGUAAAGUUUAAAUGAGGCUUCUUGUAUGAAGCCAGUUGCUUUUGGUUGAGGUGAAGCAAAUCAUGUGCCGAGUUGAAUGGAGAGAGAAAACAGAAUGGUGUUGCUGAGCGCAUAAAAGCCAAGAGUAGCAGUGACAAAUGUGUCUUGAAUUAACAGAACAGUAAGUCAGUUCUUCAGCCAAGGCCAAUCUGUUUUUAAUAAUAACAAUAAAAACACAACUGAGGAACUUCAA